AUGUUGUCCAGCAGCUACUCGGAGGCCAAGACGAGGACAGGGGAACGGCAGAGGCAGAGGAGCGAGCAGCGUAUCCUUGCAUAUCAGAAUAAAACUCGGUUCGUCUCUGACUGUGCAGCCCCAAAUACCUGCACCACAGCUUCGGCGAGAUGCGACGGGUCUACAGAGUGUUCACAGGCGUGGCUGAAGCCGUCAGCUUCUGCCAUGUACACAACAGGCGAUGUAGGCAAGGGACGGCUGCCUGAGGAACAGCUUUGGCUGCUCGAGUCCGGGGCCACUGCGAGAUUUUCGCCAAGGCUCACUCACCGUGUCGAUGGCGACAGUGGUGACGAAUACGGCGACAGUGAUGACGACUGCGACUCAGCGCUAAUCGCCUAA